AUGGCGAACGUACGAGAAGUGGCUGAGUUCCUCAUGCUCACCAUCGCAGCCUUAGGCGCUCUUUCGUCGCUGAGCAGGCCAGACUGCAACUUCCCUCUCUUUGUCUAUCUGUGGUGGACUUUUUUCUACGUUCCGGAGGAGAGGAAGGUCCAGCAGCGCUUUAUGGUGGCCUUCAUCUUCCUUUCCAUUGUCCAGGACAUCUUCUACAUUCUUUACUGGCCUAUCAGGUGGUUCGCCCACGAUUGGCUCGCGCUGUCCAGUGACACCGAAGGCUUGCACGUUCUUGUGACCUUCUUCGCGCUCCUCGAAAUCGGCCUGAAGCUUCUUCUUCUGGCGCUUCUUCUGAUCCCCGGAGCUGGAACGAACACAUCGGAGGCCAUCAAAAUGUGGUUCCAGCGUCUCGGGCAGCCGAUGCAGAGCCGAGACACGCAGGUGCCCUUGUUGAUCACCGGCUCGGCGCCACGCCCGGUCAUGCCGGGUUCCGCUGGUGUGGCACAGCCUGUCCGGUUCACCCAGUUCCCUUCGCAUCCUCCUCUCUCGUCUUCUGGGGUAGUCUACUCCUCGUAG